ACGAUUCUCGUAAUAAUGGUGGGACCCAGUCUUCGCGGUACUUUUGAAUUGUUAGCAACCAUAUCGUCGGUUGCUAUUACCAUUUUCCCAUUGUUUUGUAAAACACAACUGCUCAAUUAAAAGUGCAUUUUAGCCCCCCUGUGUAAUUUGCUUGUUAAAUUUAUUAGUUAUGUGAUAUGUUCUAACAGUUUGGCGGAGUACGGCGCAUAAUUUCACUUUCUUCAAAAUCGAAAAUGCACGACGACUAUGCUGUGUUUGUUGAUAGAGUAGUGAAAAAAUAUGGACAAAAAGAAGUCUUGACUGGAAUAUGUAUGAAAGUAGAAAGGGGUAGUAUAUACGGUCUUUUGGGAGCUAGUGGUUGCGGAAAGACUACAUUAUUAAGCAGCAUAGUAGGCCGAAAGAAAAUAGAUGGAGGUGAAAUUUGGGUUUUGGGUGGAAAACCGGGAGAAGCUGGCAGCGGAGUACCUGGACCCAGAGUUGGAUAUAUGCCACAGGACAUUGCUCUUGUUGGCGAGUUUACAGUAAAAGAUGCGAUCUACUAUUUUGGAAGAAUCUUUUCGAUGGAAGAUAGUUUAAUAGCAAAACGUUAUCGAAAUCUUCAUACUCUUUUAGAGUUGCCUCCAGAUGAUAGGUAUUUAAAAAAUUGUAGUGGAGGUCAACAAAGGAGAGUUUCCCUAGCAGCUUCUUUGGUCCAUAAACCUGAACUUUUAAUAAUGGACGAACCCACGGUUGGAGUGGAUCCAGUGUUAAGAGAUCGUAUAUGGAAGCAUCUAGUAGAUAUUACUAAAAAGGAUAAUACGUCUGUGAUAAUUACUACGCACUACAUAGAGGAAUGUAGACAGGCAAAUAAGAUUGGUCUAAUGCGAGAGGGAAAACUUUUAGCAGAGGAGUCACCAACUAGGUUAUUGACAUUGUUUAAUAGUGAGACUUUGGAAGACGUAUUUUUGUUGCUCAGCAAAAGACAGGAAGAAGGACGAUUACAAGAACUAACCUCACAUCGAGUUGUAGAUGAUCAGAAUAAUUCUAUGUUAGCUAAUGACACCACAGGAUCCACCACUAGCGUAGCAACGUCGGUUUCUACAUUUGAAAUCGGUCAUGGUUCCACUGAUAUUUUAGCCAAAAAGAAAAUACUGAAGGCAAGAAAUGCCUUAAAUAAAAGUCGAAUGAAAGCAUUGUUUGAUAAAAAUUUAAAACAAUUUUAUAGGAACAUCACGGGUAUUAUAUUUUUAAUGACAUUUCCAAUUCUACAAGUAGGGGUAUUUAUGGGAGCCGUAGGUGGAGACAUUAGAAGCAUACCCUUGGGAAUCGUUAACGACGAAGCGAUGAGCGUUACAUGCCCAGGCUUUUCAUUUAACGGUACGGCAACUGCUACAGACGAUAGAGCCUGUCAGCUUAGGAAUAUCAGCUGUCGGUUUUUAUCGUAUCUGGACCAUCCCAUGAUAGAAAAGGUUCAUUUUGAGACUCUCGAGGAUGCCAAAGAUGCAGUCUUGCAUGGCAAGAUAGUAGGAGCUAUGUACAUGUCUUCGAAUUUUACAUCAUUUUUAGAAGAAAGAAUCGAUAAAGGGAAGGAUAUCGAGAAAGAUAUUUUGUCUUUGAGUGAGAUUAAAGUUUGGAUGGAUAUGUCAAACCGCCAAAUAGGAGCUACCUUAAAAUACAAGCUCAUUGAUUUAUACACCAAAUUCCAAAACAGCUUAUUUGAUGAUUGUGAUUUUGUUCCUGGCUUUGGCGACUUGCCUGUUAACAUAAAUUUCAUUUAUGGAGAUGGAGAUGAGCCGUACACAGUUUUUAUGAUACCGGGAAGUCUUAUUACCAUCAUGUUCUUUAUGGGUGCAAUUAUGACAUCCCAGAUAAUCAUUACCGACCGACACGACGGUGUGUGGGACAGAUCCAUUGUUGCAGGAGUAACAUCUUUAGAGAUUACCAUUACGCAUUUGGUGUUGCAGGCUUCGAUUUGCAUAAUUCAAACGGCAGAGCUAUUGGUUGUCGUCUAUUUGAUUUACCAACAAGAAUAUUCAGGAAGUUUGUGGUUAAUGUACGUGAUGGUCUAUCUUCAAGGUAUUUGUGGAAUGGCGUAUGGUUUUUGGGUAUCUGUUAUCAGCACUGAUCAUUCCAUGGCCAAUACUGUUCUGACAGGAAUAUUUCUUCCAAUGAUGAUGUUAAGUGGAUUGAUGUGGCCAACAGAGGGAAUGCCUCCAGCUUUAAGAAUCUUCUCCAGAUGCCUUCCAUUUACGAUGGCCAUCGAAUCAUUGAGAAACGUAUCCAAAAGAGGUUGGUCGAUUGACAACUUUCAAGUAUACAGCGGGAUGGGUGUAGGGUUUAUGUGGACAGUAUUCUUCGGAGUUUUGAGUGUGUAUUUGAUAAAGAAAAAGCGAUAGUCAGUAAAUAUUUUUAUAGGAAAAAACAAAAAUAAUUUAAUCAAGUUUGGCAUUACAUAUUUUACCAUAGGUACAAUUUCGAGUGAUUGUAGAAAAUAAAUUAUAUAUUUACAUAUUUGUAUAUUUUCAACGACAAAAGUUAUUGAAAAAUACAGAAACUAUUGUAAUGCUAUCGGUUGGUAUUUACUAAUAGUACGUUCUUUAAAGGUAAAAUAUUGCAAAACCUCUAAAUUUUAAAGAACCGCUAGGAUUGACAUGGAAUUUAGCAUACACAUAGCUAACAAGUCAAAGAAAAAAAGUGAUAUUGUGCCGAUGUGUGCUUUUGCAUUAGGGGUGAGUUUAACCCCCUUUUGUGGGUGAAAAAUAUAUGUUCGAAUUAAGUCCGGAAAUGGAUAAAAUGACUAAUUCCAAGCAAUUUGUUCUAUAAAGUUCUUUUACCAAGUUAAUAGUUUUCGAGUUACUUGCGAGGGAAUAUGUUAAUUUUUCUACAAAGUAACCACGUUUGCAAACGGUUUUUCGCAAAUAACUCAAAAAGUAAGUAUUUGGUCGAAAAAAAAUUCUUAUCAAAAAUAUAGCACAUAAAAAAGUGAAAACCAUGGUGUAUAUAUUAGGUCACUAUACCUAGCAGAAGCAGAGUUAUAGCUAAUUAAAAAUAGGUUCAUAUUCGUCAAAUUCCAAAUCGAAUAUUUUAAUGUACCUACCAUAAUCAAAAAACGAAGCACUUUUUUGAGGAAAACUCAUUUUAACUUUUUUAAAGUGUUUAGAAAUGCUUAUUUUUGUUUUUUAAACAAUUUUUUAGCAUCAAAAGUAAACAAGUUACGCUCAAAAUAAAGUUGGUCCCUUUUUUUUGGUAAGAAAUCGGGAAAAUCACCACCUAAUUAGCAUUUUAAAUGAACUUAAUUGUUACCACCUUACAAGUUUUUUACUCGCAUAUGUAUUUAUCAUAUGAUCUGUAAGUUUCAUCGGUUCAAAGUCCUUAUUUUUGAAAAAACUGUAGUUAAAAGGGCUUGAACGAGUCACUUAUCACGAGUGUAUGCAAAUUUAGAAACACCGAAUCUUAACCAAUUUUUGUCUUACAGAAAAACAAAAAAAUACAGAGUAUUCAGAAAAGUAAAGCAGACUUUUUUUAUUGUUUAAGAUUUUUGGUAUCUCUAACAAUUUUUAAGUUAUUUGGAAAAAAAGCAUUUUUUUCAAAAUUAAAAUUUUUGAAAAUUUUAAUUUAAAACCAAAUUUUUUCAAAAAUAAGCACUUUUAAUCGAUGAAACUUACCGAUCAUAUAAACACAACAUAAAUAAAGUAACUUGUGAAGCGGUAACAAUUAAUUUUAUUUAAGUUGCUAAUUGGGGGGUGAUCUUUCUGAUUCUUUUUUGCCAAAACAAAAGGGACCAACUUUAUUUUGAGCGUAACUUGCUUACAUUUGAUGCUAGAAUUUUUUUUUAUAAAGACAGAAAUAAAUCUUUUUUUAAACACUUUAAAAAAGUUUUAAUGUGUUUUCCCCAAGAAUGCUUCAUUAUUUGGAUAUUUCACAUUGAAUUAUUCUAUUUGGAAUUUUUCGAAUACGAUUCUAUUUUUCAUUAGCUAUAACUCUGCUUUUGCUAGGUAUAGAGACCUAAUAUAUACACCGUUUUUUUCACUUUUUUUAUAGGCUAUAGUUUUGCUAAGAAUAUUUUUUUCGAAAAAAUGCUUACGUUUUGAGUUAUUUGCGAAAAACCGUCUAAAAACGUGGUUAUUUUGAUGAAAACUGAACAUAUUCACUCGCAAAUAACUCGAAAAGUAUCGAUUUGGUGAAAAACUCUAUAGAACAAAAGUUGCUUAAAAUUAGUUAGUUUAUCCAUUUCGGGACUUGCCUUGGACAUAUAUUUUUUCACCGCCGAGAUUGGGUGAAACUCAUCCCAGGGUAAAAGCACACAUCGGCACCAUAUCACUUUUUUUCUUUGACAUGUUAGCUAUGCGUUUGCCAAAUUUAGUGUCAAUCCAAGCAAUUCUUUAAAAUUUACAGCAAAAACCGUGAAAGAAUGUACUAUAAGAGAAAUAUAUCAAAAAAAAAGGUAGUAUAUUUAUUUUCCGCAUUGAAAAAAUAUUCACUGAUGAUUUUUUAGUACAAUAUUAGAAAUACACUCCUCACAACCAUAAAGUAUAGUUUUUAAGAGUUUUAGUAUUGUUUAAGUGUAAAUAAAGGAAUAAAACAUU